AUGAGCCUCAAACCCCCAAUGUCUGCCUCAGUUGAGAGCAAAGGCAGCCAUAUUUCAGAGAGAAAUGGAAGCUGUUUUCUAGUCAGGCACACCCCUCAUCCCAGAAGGGUCUGCCAUAUCAAAGGCAUUGACUACUGGGACCAGAUGCCAGCCCUGGAGCUAGAGCAGAGGUCUGCAGACACCUUCUGUGCAGGCAUUAACCCUUGGAUUACUCGACUGAUAGGAAAGGGACCUGGAGAGGAUGAAAUUAAGGUAAAAAAUCCACCAUCACCUCCAAAGCCAUGCUCUACUGCUGGCUCUUGUUCUUCAGAGGUGAUGAAUACCAAGACUGCCAUCAAAGAGAACACUGUUUGCAUACCAAACUAUCUGGAUCAGGAAAUCAAAAAAACCGUUUCCUCCAACUUUUUCUGCCUGGGGUUAUAA